CGAGCGACCCCCCGAGCAGCAGCGGUCCGGGCUAUCUGCCAUCGAUCCCCUCCAACCAGACGGCGGGCGCGCUACCUAUCCCGUGAUCCGCAUCAGGCGCGUCCACAACCGCCAUCACCACGAGAGCAACGACGCGGCCUCAGCUCUGGGCGUCCCGUCGCCGUCGCCAGUCUGCCAGCGUCGCCGUUCGCGUCAUCGCCGACACUCCGCCCCGAUGCAUCGCGCAGCUGUCAGAGCGUUCCGCACCACGUCGACAUACCUCAGCGUCGUCCGCAACCUCUCUCGGACCGCCUCGCGAACCCCGCGCCGAGCCCUUUUCUCCUCCGCGAGCCACCUAGCCCAACGCCAGCAACCCAGCGCCAAUGAGCCUCUGAGGUCCUCCAUGUACUUUCGCCGCUUGCCCGUCGCCCUCGUCUCUAGCCUCGUCGUCGGCUACGGCGCCUGGUACUCGUACAAUUCGUCGAGUGUCCCGGGCGGUCAGGCCGCGCGGAGCUUCACCUCGAAGCAGGGCGCCGGUGCUGGGGCUGGGGAUGCCGUACCGACGCGCACCGUCCUAGUCGUCGGUGCAGACGAGCUCAGGCAGGGAACUAUCGUGGGCGAGGGCCCCAUCUUGAAGCCGACGUCGGACGAUGGUCGCAGGAUCGUCGAGAUGUUGACCCCCGACCAGGCCACGCAGAAACUGCGUCGCUUGGAGCAGUCAUUUUCGGUGAACCGUGGCGAGGGCGUCACGAGGUAUGAUUUGGUCCAACUGCCUAGCAACGACCCCAUCGAGGACGACCACGCGGAGAAGAUUGUCGAGGUCCCUAGUCGCGCAGCAGGAGCCGAGGCAAGCAGCGAUUGGAUGUUCUGGGGCGUUUUCGACGGCCACUCAGGGUGGACGACGUCUGCGACGCUUCGAGAGAGCCUCAUUAGCUACGUUGCCAGGGAGCUCAACCAAACAUACAAGACCUCAGAUUCCAGUCUGCCGACGUCGGAAGCUAUCGAGCUGGCUAUCAAGACCGGCUUUAACCGCUUGGACCACGAGAUAGUUCACAAGAGCGUUGAGAAGGUCUUCAAGGCAAGCUCCAAGGCUGUCGCCGCCGAGUUGCUGCAGCCGGCGCUGUCUGGUUCUUGUGCCUUGUUAUCCUUCUACGACAGUAGAAGCAAGCUACUACGCGUUGCCUGUACCGGUGACUCCCGCGCAGUUCUGGGCCGGCGGUCGGACUCGGGCAAAUGGACGGCGACGGCGCUAUCAGAGGACCAGACUGGCAAUACCCCAAGCGAGGUAGCACGCAUGCGCAAGGAACACCCCGGAGAAGACAACGUGGUCCGCAAUGGCCGAGUUCUGGGCGGCUUGGAGCCGACUCGCGCAUUUGGUGAUGCAGUCUACAAAUGGAGCCGCGACGUUGCUGGGAAGUUGCGCCAGAGCUUUUUUGGUCGUAGCCCAUCUCCUUUGCUCAAGACGCCGCCAUACGUCACAGCCGAGCCCGUCAUCACUACGACGAAAAUUGAGCCGGAGAACGGAGACUUCGUUGUGCUCGCCACCGACGGUCUCUGGGAGAUGUUGACCAACGAUGAAGUUGUUGGCCUCGUCGGGAAGUGGAUCGAAUCCCAGGCGGCUGGCUCGUCCAGCUCGCAGUUCGAGAACGCUUGGGCAAAAAUAUUUGGCUCCGCCAACAAGCCGCUUCCCAUCGAGCAAGGCAAGGGUGACGGGUCAGACGGCCAGCGGACACCCAUCCGCGUGCAGCAGUGGGGGAUCAACCCGGAUGCAAAGGAUCGCUUCACCGUCCAGGACAAAAACGUCGCGACGCAUCUUGUGCGCAACGCACUGGGCGGAAACAAUGACGAGCAAGUGCGGGCGCUCCUCACCCUCCCCUCGCCCUUUUCGAGGAGAUAUCGGGACGAUUUGACCGUGCAAGUCAUCUUUUUCGGCAAGGGCGAGAAGACAGGCGAGGUGACGGUCAACCUCGACGCCACGGCCCAGCCGGACGAGCCCAAGGCGAAGCUCUAGACGGCCCAGCUGGGCAAAUGGUCGCAGCCGUACAGUCGGAGCUUUCUAGCGCUCGUCGGCGUGUUUUUGACGGCCCUAUCUGCGUGGUGCCUCGCUUGACUCGAAUAGUACCCGUUGACUCUUCAGAGCAGCGUGAAGAGCGCGGGGCCGUGCCAGCGACUUCUCAGAUAUUGAAAAGAAGGACGCGGAGGAAGCGCCGAAGCGUUCAUCAUGGUUAUGUUGUCUGGUCCACUACCGACUUUACCCAGGAUAUCGGGACUGGGCCGGACGGGAAUGGGCGUUAACAUACGAACCCAUGCUAUACGUUGUCGACAGCCAAAAUACAGAGAAUAUGCGCGUCGCACCCUCGCAGUUCCUUCCGUAUGGUGACUGUGG